UAUGGGUAAUACAGUCAUUUCACCUAUUUCCUCCAGACACUUUCCUCCUCUCUAGAGGUCCUCUCCGCCGCCGCCGGCUCACCUUUUCUUUCUCCCCAAUUAACAGAAGCACCGCACAGCACCCAUAUACAUAUAAAGAAAAAGAAAGAUGCGAUAAAUAGGUCACUCACUCAGUCUCCCCAAAGAAACUUCUUAGAGAAACUAACUAAUAAUUGAAAUCCAUGAAUGCAUGGAAAAGCAUAGCCAAAGAUGCAUUUACCCAAACUUGUCUGGUCGUCAAGUUCCUUGGCUUCCUUCACCUCACCAACAACUACCUCAUCUCUCCCACUCUCGUUUACGGCCCUAGCAUGCUCCCAACGCUAAAUCUAACCGGCGACGUCUUAUUAGUGGAGCACGUGUCUCACCGCUUCCAGAAGGUGGGUCCAGGAGAUGUGGUACUGGUUCGGUCACCUUUAGAUCCUACAAAGAUGGUCACUAAACGCGUUGUUGGUAUGGAGGGUGAUCGAAUCAAUUUCUUGCCCGAUCCCUCCAUUACUGACAUCUGUCGCACCAUCAUGGUACCAAAGGGGCACAUUUGGAUUCAGGGUGAUAACAUGUAUGCUUCCUGUGAUUCACGGCAUUAUGGGCCUGUUCCAUAUGGUCUUGUUCAAGGCAAGCUCUUUUUCAGGGUAUGGCCACCUUCUAGCUUUGGCUCUUUCGGUCAGUGACCAAAAUGAAGUAUAUAAGUUGUAUGUUUUGGUUUUCAGGAAUUCCGUGAAGCAGAGUAUCCCAAUUUUGCAUAACUUGUACAUGGCAAAUCUGUAGCUAUUAAACAUCUUGACAGUUUUCCAACUGCCAUUUCGCAGGGGAUACAGUGGCCAGAAGCAACAAAUGGAUCAAAGUCCAGGCAUUCUCUCAUGUACAUGUUUUUGUGAGAGACGAAGUUGACCUGCUUGUGGAUUGUUACAGUCAGUAGUUGAUUUAUUAUCGCCCAUACACUGUUUUUCCAUUUUAAACUGCAACAUACAGUUUUCCCUUGGAAGCAACCUGCGUAGCUGUGUGCUGCCUGUGAAUUUAUAUUUAUUUAGAAAAAAACUUGGGUGCAAGUCUUUGGAAGCACUAUUUCUUUAUUCA